AUGCAAAUGCUUUCUUUAAAUUUUUUUAUAUACACCGUUAGCGGUAUAUGGCGACCAGUUGAGUGGUCAUCAAAUGGUGCCAAGCUGCUGUAUAAUGUAUUUACCUUUAUGGUAAUAUUCUCGGAGUACUUUUUGGUGUUAACUCAAUUUAUGGAUAUAGUUCUUAUUGUUGAUAAUAUCGAUGAUUUUGCCACUAAUACUCUAAUGUUCCUAUCUAUUGUUGCCGUAUGUUGUAAAGCGACUGUCGUUGUGGUACGUCGAAACGCGAUCAUCAAUUUAGUGGAAAUAUUAUUGAAAGCACCAUAUAAACCUCGAGAUGAGGAUGAAGUAGCUAUACAAACAAAAUUUGAUAAAUUCAUCAGAUCAUGCUCGAUAAAAUAUUCACUUUUAGCAACAAGUUCCGUUACAAGCACUACAAUAGGAUCAGUAUUAAAUGCUAUGCAAGGUCAUCUGCCUUAUCGAAUAUGGCUGCCAUGUGAUUACAAUGUAACUACGACGUUUUGGAUUAUAUCCGUUCAUCAGAUCUUAGCAAUAAUUUUUGCCACGAUGAUAAAUGUUGGCACGGAAACCUUAGUCUUCGGAUUGAUUUUACAAACGUGUGCUCAGCUUGAAAUUUUCAAAAGUCGUCUUCACAAGUUCAUA